AUGUCGUGGCUGGAAUAUGCGCACGGCUGUGUGCACUGGCCGCCAGCUGUCGAUGGGCCUGCACCGAAGAGGAAUAUGGUGAUUUAUGGCUUCCAUUUCUCCUGCCUGCGCUGGGUUGCGUUUGCGACCGCUGCUUUUGCUGCCCCUCAACCCCGCAGCCCCUCCAAUGGCUGCGAUGAAGUCGAAAUGACUCCCACUGACCUCUUAAAGCAGCAACUUCAUCCCGCCCCGGCGAACCUUCCAUGCGUGCAUGCAGUUGCUUCACCUCCGAGUAUCCCCAAAAUUUCUACAGACCUCUGCACCCUCGAGAGACUCUCGCCAAUUCUCACCAUGCCUACCAUAUCCGUCAACAAGUACGAUCUGUACAAGGCCCUAGGCCAAAACUUCACCACCCAAGAGUUCGAAGACCUGUGCUUCGAAUUCGGUAUCGAGCUCGACGAGGACACCGAGAAUGACGACCGACCGAUUGUCAAUGGCGUGCAGGAGCCGCCCCAGCUGAAGAUCGAGAUCCCCGCCAACCGAUACGACAUGCUGUGCUUCGAGGGUAUCGCGCUCAUGCUCAACAUCUUCAGAGAGAAGGUUGCCGCACCCAACUACAAGGUCGUAGAACCCAAGAACCCUGAAGCCUCCGUCAUUACCGUCGCCCAGGACACCAGCAAAAUCCGACCCCUCGUUGCUGGUGCCAUUCUCAGAAACAUCAAGUUCACCCAAGAGAGCUACGACUCCUUCAUCGGCCUCCAGGACAAGCUGCACAUGAACUUGGCGAGACAAAGAACAUUGGUGGCCAUCGGAACCCACGACCUCGAUACGAUAGAAGGCCCCUUCACAUACGAGGCCCUGCCGGCCAAGGACAUCAAGUUCAAGCCCCUGAACCAGACCAAGGAGAUGGACGGCGAGGAGCUGAUGCAGUUCUACGAGAGUGACAAGCAUCUCGGCAGGUACCUGCACAUUAUCAAGGACUCUCCCGUCUACCCCGUCAUCUACGACAAGAACCGGACUGUCUGCUCGCUGCCGCCCAUCAUCAACGGCGACCACUCUAAGAUCACCGUCAACACCAAGAACGUCUUCAUCGAGAUGACAGCAACGGACGCCACCAAGCUCGAUAUUGUCUGCGACAUGAUGGUUACAAUGUUCUCGCAGUACUGCUCCGAGCCCUUCACCGUUGAGCCCGUCAAGAUCGUUUCCGAGCACAACGGCGCAUCAAGAACGACACCAACCCUCGCCCCCCGCACGAUCGAUGUUGAGAUUGACUACCUCAACGCUUGCACUGGCCUUAGCGAAACACCCGAGAAGAUGUGCCAGCUCCUGAACAAGAUGGCGUACAUCGCCAAGCCCUCCGACAAGGACAGCAACCUUCUCAGCGUGUCAAUCCCUGUCACCCGUGCCGAUGUGCUCCACCAAUGCGACGUCAUGGAGGACCUGGCUAUCUGCUACGGCUACAACAACCUCCCUAGGUCUUCUCCCAACAAGAGCGCUACCAUUGGAGCGCCUCUCAUGAUCAAUAAGCUCGCUGAUAUUGUGCGGACAGAGGCCGCCAUGUCUGGCUGGAGCGAAGUAAUGCCUCUGAUUCUGUGCAGCCACGACGAGAACUUCGGCUGGCUGAACCGCAAGGAUGACGGCAAGACUGCUGUCAAGCUUGCCAACCCCAAGACUGCCGAGUACCAGGUUGUGCGGACAUCCCUGGUCCCUGGUCUUCUCAAGACCAUCCGCGAGAACAAGAAGCACAGCGUCCCCAUCAAGAUCUUUGAGUCAGCUGACGUCGUCUUCAAGGACGAGUCUCUGGAGCGCAAGGCUCGCAAUGAGCGUCACUUCGCUGCUGCCUGGUAUGGUAAGACCAGUGGUUUCGAGGUUGUUCACGGUCUUCUGGACCGUGUCCUCUUGAUGCUCCGUACAGCUUUCCUCACUCAUGACGAGGGACUGAAGGCAGGCAAGAGCGUUGACUUCAAGGUCGUUGAGAACCCCAGCAAGCCUGACGGCUACUGGAUCGAGGAGAUUGACGAGGCCACUUUCUUCGCUGGCCACGCGGCUGCCAUCUACCUGCGUCUGGGUGGCAAGGAGGCGCGCAUCGGCGAGUUCGGCAUCUUGCACCCUACUGUGUUGGAGAAGUUUGACUUGAGAUACCCUGUGAGCACCCUCGAGAUCAACCUCGAGGUCUUCUUGUAG